CUGCGCAGCGUGGGCGUGCCAAGCGGAGGUCCUGUGCUCUCCCCGCUGGAAGAGUCUCGGAGCCUUCCCUCCGAAGGACUCUCAGCCUCUCCUGUCUUCCUGGUGUCACCUUGAUUGCCUUCCCCAGCGGACGCUCUCUCUCUCUCCUUGCUAGUUCCCUCCCCUGCCUCAUUGGGGAGGCUUACCUGUCCUCUUGUCUCUGAUGGCAGUUCCCUGACAGUGAGCAAUAGGCCAAGCUUUUCGUAAGCUUCUGUGAAGAUAUCUAGGAUGGUUUGGAGGUCAUCCUUUGAGUGUGCACACACUAUGUUGUCAUCAGCAUAUUGAAGCUCCAUGACGGAGGUUAUGGCAGGGCAUUUCACCCAUUUAUUCCCCCAGCCGACUGGUUUGUUUCUUCUCUUCCUUCCAACCCCAGAUUUCCCACUCCCUGCCACCCUUUCCCUCAACCCCCUGAAUCCUGUUUACACCCAUGGAGAACAGAUUACCCUGCUCUGCUCAGUUCCUGAUGGGCGGGAAGCGGCAGGAUACACAUUUUACAAGGAGCUACAAGGUCAGGCAUCUGAGGCACUUCCCCGUAAUGAGUUGAUGAUUCCCCAUAAAGCUUUGCGUGUUGGUGAAGAUACGGCCGGGAACUACAGCUGUGCAUAUUCCAUCAGAUUAGAAAAUAAGGAAAUCCAGUCUCCACGUAGCAACAUCAUCUCUGUAGUAAUGGAAGAUUCCUCUCCAUCACCAGGUCCAUCGCUGCUCUAUGCAUGUUUGGCUGUCCCAUUUGUGAUCCUGAUGAUUUCACUCGCUUUUUACUGCAGAUGGAAAAAGACUGGUGCAGUGAAAUGUUGGGGGAAAUCUGAGCUAGAAGAACAGGAGGAGGAGGGACCAGGUGAUCUUGGAACACUGGAGCCCCAGACAACACCCAGUCAGGGCUCAGGUGCCACCUAUGCCCUCCUCCCCUUUUGUUCCACUGCAACUUCCUCAGGACCAGUGAUGGAGAAUGAGCUCCAGCCAGUUGAAGAGGAGGGGCUGUUGUACAGUGAGAUUCUCUUUCCACCAAACAACAGAAGAAGAAAUUGAAGACAAUUGUAGAGGUUUCUGGUCAAGUUGGGUCCUACAUUGCUAGCCAAUUGGUGGAUUGCACUGAGGGAUGACUGACAGGCAUCUUGACUGUCAUAUCAAAUGCCAAUGUUUUGUGUAAACUGUGUCUGGAACUAUGCAAAACUUGCUAAAUUCUCAGGAAUAUCACACCUUGGCCUGCCUGAGCCACAGUAACUCCACCUUAGGUGUGAUAUAGUAAUUUCUGACUGUUUGUAGAGCGGAUGUCCUCCUUCACACCAAAAUUUUUGUUGUUGUUUAGUCGUGUAGUCAUGUCCGACUCUUUGUGACCCCAUGAACCAGAGCACCCCAGGCACUCCUGUCUUCCACUGCCUCCCGCAGUUUGGUAAAACUCCUAAAAGAGAUGUUUCUUCCUGGUUCAGGGUCUCUCUUGCCUUGCAAGGAGGGGAAGUAACUCUGUUGCAACCAAAAAAUAAAAAUCUACCUUG